AUGGCUCCCCUGCUGUUGUUCCUCUUUCUUCCCAUUGCCUUUUGUUGCGAAACGGCCCCCAGCACUGAGUGCGAAAAGCUUCCCUUCGUACCCGGAUAUAAUUUGGUGGGAGAAGGCUUUGACAUUGUGCGAAUGAAGACCACCGGAGCUUUUGUGGUGGAUGUGCGGACCUACGUGAGCGGAGGAGAGCAUGGGAACUGCACUCUGUGUGAGAACAAACUGCUCAACGAGAAGCAGAAGCUGCCAGCUUCUGUGGUCGACUGGCGGAUCAAGGUGCAGUGUCGCCGCAGCCUCAGCGCCAAGGUGUAUGAAUCAGCCAGCUCGGUUCUUAAGGAUACCACCAAUUCAGCCAGUGCCAGCUGGAAGAUCGGGCUGAGUGUGCCGAUGGUGGCAGGUGUGGCUGUUGGCGGCACACAUUCGCAUUCAGCCAGGUUUGCCAAAAGCCACGCAGCUCAAGACAAGUACUCCUUCACGAGCCACACCUUCUCCUGUCGCUACUACUCAUUUCGUCUUCAUGCUCGCCCUCCACUGACCAAAGAAUUUUUGGGUUCCAUCACUUCACUUCCUGUUAAAUACGACAGCAAGUCAGAAGGUGCGUAUAACCAUUUCAUCUCAAUCUACGGGACACACUUUUUGCGGAGAGUCGACCUGGGCGGCCGCGUGCAUUCAACCACUGCUGUGAAGACCUGCCAGGUUUCCAUGAAGGGUCUGUCGGUACAUGACGUGAGCAACUGCUUAUCGGCGGAGGCGUCCGGCGUCAUCAAGGGAGUGAAGGUGAGUGGGCAAGCAGGCUACUGCAAAGGCAAACAACAGAAACUGGAGAGGGGCAACAGCUUCAGCGCCUCCUUCUCCGACCGAGUCACUGAAAUACUAGGGGGCAACGGUGAGCAGCAAGACAUCCUCUUCAGUCCAAGCAACGUUAGUGGUUAUGGUGUGUGGCUCAAGUCACUGAAGAAAAUCCCUGGAGUGGUUUCCUACACCUUGAGCUCAUUGCACAUGCUGGUAAACAACGACCCAGCUAGACGAGCCAGUCUACAAGCGGCCAUCAGCAAGUACAUCACAAAAAGCGCCAUGUCUACUGCUUGCCCCUCCAGUUGCAAAGUGGGCCAUCGUAGCAAUAGCUGCGCAUGCAAAUGCAGCGGUCAUCGAAGCGUUGAUAGUAACUGCUGCCCAAGUAAUCCAGGAGUGGCCACGUUGACCGUGACUGUGUUGAGCGGUGCAGGAUUAUGGGGAGACUAUUUCUCUAAAACCGAUGGUUAUGUUAAAGUGUUCUACGGAAGCCGUGCGGUUGAGACCCCUGUGAUUUGGAACAACAAUUUUCCUCAGUGGAACUACAACAUAAAUUUGGAAACUGUAGAUCUGACUAAAAGAACGCCCUUGCGAUUUGAGGUGUGGGACCGUGACAACCGGUUUGAUGAUGAUCUGUUGGGAAAGUCGUCUCUUGUUCCACAGAAAGGGACCAAUCAGAAGCGGUCAUUUAAAUUAAAGCAUGGCUCUUUUUUGAUCGCCUAUUCUGCAAAGUGUGGCCCAAGUCUUACGGGGUCUUUCUGUGAGAAAUACGCUCCUACGCCGGGUGGUGACGGUACUCUAAACUAUUACCAGCCCUUUGGUGGAGAACAGCCCAUUUUGUUGAAAAAAUCCAAGGGUUUUAGGAAUGUGUCUUUGCUGUAA